GUGUGUAUUUCCACGAGCAAAAAAAGAAGGAAUUAGAAACUUUGGUACAAAAGAGAAAACAAGCCCAGUUUAUUAAAGAUGGGACCACAGAGAUUGGCAUGCCAUCAACUCAAUCAACAGGUCUUCUCGGGGCUUGCUGUUAUGAUUCAAGGUCCAAGCGUUCUAAAGGGAAACCGUAUGAUAGAAAAGUGCGUCUUUGUCUGAAAGACCAGAGUGGUGAGGACCACGCUGGGGAAACAUCUACUUCCUGUUUGCCAGGUCACUCCAAAACAUUGUACCAGCACUCAGGUCCCUUAAUCCACUCUCGCAUACUUAAACAGGUGUUCAGGGAUGACAAAACAGAGCCUAGCACAAGGACUGUCAGUCCUUAUGUCAGUAAAAACAGGUCGAAAACUCUCGCAUCUAACCAGUGUGGAGAGGGUACUGAUGGGAGGGGCAGGCUGUCAGAUCUUAACUUUAUUACAAGGAGCAAUAACGUCGACCAUACCGAGCCUCAGGUUUUAUCCAGAUCUCCUGUUUCUAUGGUAACAGCUCCACCCCCACCUCCACCUCUUGAAUCCAGCGUGGCACGAAAUGACCGUUUUAAAACUAAAGGAAGGACAAAAUGUACUCCAGCUGAAGAAGAGAGGAUGGCAGAGACUAGGCUCAAGACAGAACAGUACCUGAGGUUGACAGAAUCUGGCUGGAAGAAGGACAGAGGUGGAAACUGGGUCAGAGAUGAAGAUGUGGAGUUUGACUCUGAUGAGGAAACACCAACACUGUAGUAAUGAUCUACCAAAUAAGAUAGAUUAUUAAAAGAAUCGUUGGAACAGCUGGUACAUGGAUUUAUCAGAAUAUGAGCAAAAAAAGGCUAUCAGGGAUUCUAUUUUGAAAGUAUUUCAGUCCCAUUUCAAAUCACAAGAAGACGAGAAGCUGGAUCUUGUAACGGUGAACCAUUGUGUUAAACCAUGUAGGCCAGGAAGUACUUUGAGCAGCAUGAGUGACAGCGACUCCCCUAAACAGUUCAGUGGGAAAUUUAAGAAAAAAAGGAGAUGCUCAGGGAGGAAUAAAGCAAAAGCAAAUAUGGCAUCAAAGGCAACUAAAACAGAAAAACUUCUCCAAAACAUGAAAGCACCUCAUAAGGUCAUAAUUAUGAAAGAUGCAGAUAUGGGACAGAAAAAUCAGACGUUAUCUGUUGUCACAAGUAAUAGGUUAACUGCACGGCUUGGGCUGUUCAGUAAAGGAAGAAAAUCUUUUACCGUGAACAGAGUCCGAGGUCCAAUCAAAACAGUCACACCAGAGGCUGUGAGAAAACAAGCACAAGAAGAUAUAAAGAAGAUUUUGAAUGACAGUUGUGCUGAUGAUGAGACCCAGGACCAUGAGCAGUUUUUGCUGAGUGACAAAGAAAACACUAGCUUUGUCAGCUCUGCAUGUGGUAAGACAGUGACAAGUGAUAACGGGAUGCAUAGAUGUGUUGUCACUCCAGGAUCCAGUCUAGGGAUCAGCGCACACAGCAUUGCAUCUGUGUCCUGCAAAUCUACACCUUGUGUUUCAAUACCGGUAACGGAGGAAUUUCCUGAGUCUCCACCUCUAGACAUAAUAGCUAGGACAUUAUUGUCUGACCUUAAGGCCUCACGAUGGUUUCCAGGCACAAGCUACUUACAAGAAUUACAAGAUGAUCUAAGUAAAUUAAUGAAGCAGAAUUGCUCUAACUCUGAGAAUCAGACCCCACCUACAGUAAGACCCUUCCGUGGAACAAUCAAGUCAGUGACUGUCAAGAGAUCUCUGAUGCAGAGCCUUCUGUCGGCAGAUCCCACUGCAGGGGACACAUCUGCGCUAAAGGCCCCUCAAUGUACCGAAGUGAACAUGGAAACGGACCAUCAACCUCAUUUGCACAUCCCCACCAACUGCAACCCUCAGUGUGUGCAGGCAGACAUGAAUCUGAUCACAGAGUCACAAGACAUUCACCAGUACUUUGAUGCUAAAAGUUUACUGUCCCACAAUGACUCGCUGAUUGCAUCCCGAUCACACCACAACACUGGUUUAGAGCGAUCAGGACAAAAUGUGGAUAUUUCUGGACAUGGGUUGCCUCCCCUACGAGUUACCUCGGACAUGCUUAAUGACCUGAGUCAGGAUAUGGCUAACCGCUCAUCCCAGUCCUCAGGGUGUCACAGUCACCACCUGCACCCUUCUCUUCUUCAUGGGGCAUCGAGGCCCCAGUUCGCCUCAGCUACUGUCUCUUCCAUGGGACAUACAGCUUGGGAAAACACAGGGCCACAACAGGCUGUUAUAACCAAACUGAACGAGCACCCAGAGUACAUGCCACAGUUCCACGGGGAUUAUUACAAGGACUGGUUAGACAGGUGGCCAGAUGCCUCUCUUCAUCAUCAUCAUCCACUCCAGCAUGAGACAAUGGACAUUCUAGAGAUGGUUGACCAUAGCCAGUCCAGUGCAACAACACUGAAGACCUCCUCCCAGCCAAGCAGGAUGAUGUGUGAUAGUCCAGACUUAAAUUCAUCUCCCCUCUAUCUCCCUCCCACCCAGAUUCUCCCUCUCAAACCCUCACUAUCCACCCCAAGUCCUCCUGACAGACUUUACCCACGACGACUUUACUGAAUCUCUCAAUUCCAGUUGCAUGCAUCUGUUCUUCACCAAUAACAGUUUUUAAUGAAAGGAAUAGACUUUGUAUAGCAUAUCGUCAUGCUAAUCCUCUUAUCUAUUCCACGUACAUGUAUUCACUUCCUCCUCUCAGAUAUCCAGCACAGUGCUGUUAAUGUCUAAAUAUUUUUCACUCAUAUUACAAAAAUUGCACAAGAAUUUGUCAAUUGUAUAUAACACUUUUAUUUAUAAUACAUAAAUACA